CAAUCCAAAUGGGAAUGUUGUUGUUUCAGGUUUCAUAAAAACUGAGCCACACUUUGUCAACAAAUUUUACUAACAAAAAAAAACACAUUUUUAACAAUUUUAGUAAAUUUAAAUCUCUCUAUUUCUUAUUUUCUUGAUUUUCUAUUAUCAAUCAAUCAAAAUAAUUUUCUGAAAAAAGAAAUGUGGCUUCCAAAGACAAAUGCUUCCAAGAAGGGUGGAACUGGGUUGGUUGCAGUUGCUAUUGACAAGGACAAAGGAAGCCAAGGUGCUCUGAAAUGGGCACUAGAAAAUCUUAUGUCCAAAGGCCAAACUAUUAUUUUAAUUCAUAUUGUUCAUAGACCUUCUACUGGAUCGGGAUAUAGCAUGUCCGAUGCUAGUUCGAUGGGAAAACAGCAGCUCGACAAGGCCACCAAGGACCUCUUCCUUUCAUUUCGCUGCUAUUGCACCCGCAAGGAUGUACAAUGCCUUGAUAUUAUACUGGAGGACCAAGAUAUUGUAAAAGGACUCACCGAAUAUGUUUCAUAUGCUGCCAUUGAUAAUUUGGUCAUUGGCGCCUCUCGCCACGGAUUUAUCAGAAAAUUCAAGGCAGAUAUACCUACCAGUGUAUCCAAAGGCGCUCCUGAUUUCUGCAACGUAUAUGUUAUCGCCAAAGGAAAGACAUCUUCCAUGCGACAAGCUUCUCGUUCAGCUCCGUAUAUGUCUCCCUUACUAGAUCAUAUACAUGCCCAAAGCAAAACAAUUGAUACGUCUUCUGAUUCAUACUCCAUGCACAGCCCAAGUAUGAGAGAUCGCACAGUAGUCAAGCCUCGAAUGUCGCUGGAUGACUCCUUCAAAUCACCAUUUGAAAGACCAGGACGAGCUUUCAAUGUCAAAUCAUUUGCAGAAUUCAUGGAGUCGGAAAAUGACAUAUCAUUUGUCAGCUCCGGCAGGCCGAGCACUGAUCGAUCAUCUUCUGUCGCCUUAGAUUUCAUAGAUGCAUGCCUAACAUCACGCCUUUCAACUAGCUCAGACACAAGCUAUGGAUCCAUACGUUCAGGAGCAAAGUUUCAUGACCUUAGUUCUGUGCAAGAAUUUUCAACAUUUUCAGAUGAAAGUGCAGAAACAUCACUUUCAGGAUCAUCGAGUGUGGAUGACAUGGAAGCUGAGAUGAGAAGGUUAAAACUAGAGCUGAAGCAAACAAUGGACAUGUAUAGUACUGCAUGCAAAGAAGCUCUCACAGCAAAACAAAAGGCAACGGAGCUUCAACGCUGGAGAGUGGAAGAAGAACGAAGAAUGGAAGAGGCUAAACUUGCAGAGGAAGCUGCAUUGUCGGCUGCAGAGAAAGAGAAAGUCCGAUGCAGGGCAGCGAUGGAAGCAGCUGAUGCGGCUAAGAGGAUAGCAGAACUGGAAGCACAGAGGAGACUAACUGUAGAAAUCAAAGCCCUCAAAGAAGCAGAAGAAAUGAGAAAAGUAAUGGAUUCUUUCGCGCAUAACGACGUCAGAUAUAGGAGAUACAAUAUCGAGGAGAUUGAACAGGCAACAGAAUUCUUUGCUGAAGUACGGAAGAUAGGAGAAGGAGGUUAUGGCCCAGUUUACAAGUGUUAUCUUGAUCACACACCUGUUGCGGUCAAGGUAUUACGCCCAGAUGCAGCCCAAGGAAGAUCCCAAUUUCAGCGAGAGGUGGAAGUACUCAGCUUAAUACGGCAUCCAAAUAUGGUACUCCUCUUAGGAGCUUGUCCAGAGUAUGGAGUUCUAGUGUACGAGUACAUGGCUAAGGGAAGCUUAGAUGAUCGUCUAUUCAGAAGAGGGAACAGCCCUGUUCUUCCAUGGCAACUCAGAUUCCGAAUUGCUUCACAAAUUGCAACAGGGCUACUCUUUCUCCAUCAGACGAAACCAGAACCACUUGUGCAUCGAGACCUGAAGCCUGCAAACAUAUUGCUAGACCACAAUUACGUGUGUAAGAUAAGUGACGUUGGGUUAGCAAGACUAGUCCCAGCAGUAGCCGAGAAUGUAACGCAGUAUCACAUGACAUCAACAGCUGGAACAUUCUGCUACAUAGACCCAGAGUAUCAACAAACAGGAAUGCUGGGAGUGAAAUCAGAUGUAUAUUCACUAGGAAUCAUGUUGCUGCAGCUCAUAACAGCAAAACCACCUAUGGGGCUGACUCACAUUGUAGAGCAAUCGAUUGAGAAGGGAACUUUCAAAGAUGUCAUAGAUCCAGCAGUGACUGAUUGGCCGAUGGAAGAUACAUUGAAGUUUGCAAAGCUAGCACUGCAAUGUGCAGAACUGAGGCGGAAAGACAGACCGGAUCUUGGAACUGUAGUGCUGCCGGAGCUUGAGAGAUUGAGAGAUUUAGGGGAUGAAGAAAUGCACAUGUUUUUGCCAAGCAGUGCAGCUCCUUCCCCGCGGUACAGCUACAUUUCAAGAACACAGCAGGAAGUGAUGAGUGAUCCGUUAUCAGGACGUCCCGACAGUAUACAUAGCCAAUCGAGCAUUUCAUCUUCACUAGCAGAAACACAUGCUGAAGAGAGCUGAUUAUAAAACCAACAAGGAUAUUGGAUUUUUUUUGUACAUAAUUGAAAUGGAUUGAGAGAGUGCACAAAAGUGAGUGGUUUUGUAAUUAUAAAUUUGUGUGUUUAGUGAGUGCUACAUUACAAACAGUAUAAAGAGAAGGAUCAAUUCUGAAUUUGUAUUAGCAUAGAAAAGAUUGUAGGUAAUUGCAGGAGUUGGUCUCAUUUUGUAAUUUUGAAAUUUCUCAUCGCAUACAAAUCGAAGAUAUAACAGAACCCUUUUUACCAA